UCACGUGAUUUGAAGCAAGCUUCGAAGCACAGCUGCUUCUAUGAAAUAGGAAGUCCAGGGUUUCAAGCACGCAUCGAAGCUUCAGUGUCAAACUGCCAUCACUAGUGAAUGCAACUUCAAUCUACUUUUUGGAUUUACCGUACUCCAAAACCUUCUCCCCAGCGACAAUGGCAGUUUCUCUUCAAGCUAUUGUGGAGCUCAGUCUGGAGAGCAAGUCAUUAGAUCUGCUGUUCGGGAAAAAAGGGAGAAAAGGUCCAGAUUACCUGAAAGGGGUUUUAGAUUGUGUGUCCAAAGAGAAAAAGAACGAGAUAUUUGACUUAAAAAAACCAGGUGGCGCCACAUUGAAGAUAGGACCCAUGGAAGACACAAUUUACAGAAAGGAGCCUAAGGUAGUGAAUGGAUGGGGGAAAUUCUAUCUUCCCGAGAUAGUAAGAAUGCAGGUUGUAGGUGUAGUGGAGGGGACCUCCUGCCCAUGGGACCAGCUCGUUCUAAUGAUCUGUGAGGACGAAAAGCUGUUUGCCUACGAUGGAGAGGAGCUACAUUUGGUGGCUUCAAGCCCAAAGCAGCUAGAUGAAGAGGGAAUAAGCUAUCCAGGAUCCAAGACAUACUACGAAGGGGAGGCCUUCAAAGACAUGACCAAAGUUGACUGGGAAGAAGUGCGGAAAGGACCUACGGGGAUGAGGCUGGAACGAGUACAUCAUAAACUGGUGACAAAAAAAAAGGCCACAUUUAUGGAAUAUCUCAAAGUCACAGCCGCAAUAAAGGCCGGUCCCUCCCAGAAGCCAGUGACAAGUCCCCAGGCCCUUGUCAGUCGGUGACGUCACUUGUGCCCAAAAAUACUAAUUUACAUAUUUUGGAUGUGCUCCUACAUUGUCUGCUUGUAGUUGUUGGGGAAAUAUUUUCCUGUGCCUAUAACUUUGACCCAGUUUAUCAGUUUGUACUGCCCUCGCUGAGCACAGGCCUGCAACCUUGGGCUGCUUUGCUCUCAGUGUUUUGUCUCCCUAUUCCUGCCUGUUGGCAUAAGCUGAUGGAGGUGUUAUAGUGCUCCUCCUGUUUUAUCUUGUUAUGCACAAUGUUGAUUAUUCUCUCAGAACCAGCUAAAUAAAUGGGUUUGGGGUAGAGAUCUUCAGAAUUGGUUUGGCAACCGCUGUGUCACCUCGUGGCACACGGCAUGUCUUGUGAAAUCUCUGGCCGAAUCUCCAAAUAAACCAUCAGUGUUUUCCAUCAAA